CCAGCGCCGCCGCCGCCGUUUCAUUCACUGCAUUGUUUCCGUCAACUGAGGUGCGUUAACCGGAUACAAAAACAAAAACAACAAAUACGAAAAAAUGGCUUUUAUGAUGCCGGUCGUACGUAACGACUUCGAUAUUUACGCCAACCGUUCUCGAAGAAGCAGUACUUCGUCUAGUUGCCCGCCUUCUCGCCGCGGAACACACAGCGAUUCUGGUAACACCAGCCUCUCGUGUUCACCUGGAAGUGACGUGGAAGAGACACUAGCCGCUAUAUCUCUCGGAUCGUCUCCGCGAGGCCGAAAAACGUCGCAGGAUUAUCAAAUACCGAAAUCCGCAUCGCAGAAUUCCCUUUCGAAAUUUCACAGUAAAGUGGUUGACAAACUGAGAAAGAAAAUCCAUUCCAAGGAGGAAACCGACGAGGAAGGAAGUGGUUCUAGUAAAUCCGCAUGUGUACCCGUACCUACCAGUUAAAUAUAAUUGAACUUUAGUCAUUUAUUAAGAAGAAAAACAAAUUUAUGUAAAUAAUUUGUAAGUAGGAUUAGUUUAAUGCUUUUCUGCAAGUGCCUCAAAUAUAUAAAUUAUAUAUAUAUAUACAGUAUAAAAUAUAUGUAAAGGUUACACAUAUUACGUGUAGGAAUAUUUAUGGAAGAGAGAAGUACCGGGCCUUGCCUAAUUGUAUAUAUUGUAUGCCUGUACAGUAAUGUAUAACAUAUCAUUGUUUUUUUUAAGCGUAGGAAAUAAUAUAAUAAAAAAUCCUUUUUUCCCUA